GUAGGGAUAGCCUCGUCCGGUAUGGACACAAGCAAACUGUGUUUCGCAAAUUCAGAUAGGCCCCUUCAAUGGUUCGUGACAUUUACUGCGGACCACGAAGUCUGUCAGGCAAUCUUGGUAGAGAUGCCUUCAUAUCCUUCCCAUUUACCCAGUCCGUCGUUGAUGUCAAGAAUCCUCGUUCCAUAGAAGAUAUGCGCAGUGGACGCUCCAGAUGCUCCAUCUAUCCCGUACAGAGUUGUAGGAAGCGACACAGGCACCGCAAAUGUUGCAUCUAUAACGAGUUUUGUGUGGUUUCUCGGGAAUUGUAUACCACUGAAGGGCGGCAUCAUAAGGUUCGGUAUGAGUCCAUUUGAAAGCGGAGGCUUCGAAGUGAACGAAUAGGAUGCAACACGUACCUUUAAGCCUUUGACAAUUGGUGCAAUGGCAGUAUGCACUCAAGACAGGCAGAGCGGACAGCGAAUACGAGACCGAGCCACAGAAACAGCUGCCUUUGAGAAGGGAUUCGGCCAUAAUGAAGGAGGGGAGUCGCU